AUGGGUCAAGAUGAAUCGAAGCCAGCAGGAAAACCACAGCCGGGUUCUCCAUUAAAACAAGAAGCACCAAAUGUACCUGUUCCUCAAUAUAUUGCACAAGAAUAUGACGGAAUUCCUCCACUUGAGCCUUUAAUUCUUGGACAAGGGCAAUUCUCAAAUGACUUUCAUCUUCGAGCUAGCACACUUCCAGACGCGCAUAAGAUGGCAAUGGAUUAUCUUCAUAAGAUUUCAUCUCGAAUCAAUGAUAAUGAGAGGCAGAUUGCUGUAUGCGUUAAGAAGCAGCUCGAAGAAUAUAUCAACUUACCGAAUUUAUUAACCAAACGCCAGGAUGAGCUUAACAACAGAUUAUCAAAGAUUUUAACAUUAUUUAGACAACUUGAUGAAGAAGUCAAGUCUACAACAGACGCUCUUAAAUCAUCUAUAAGUUUUGCUGAUAAGCUUGCAGCUCAAAUUGAUCCAACUCUACCAACAUUUUCUGAUUAUCGUAAUCAAUAA